AUGCUUAAUCAACGCAUGUUGUUUGAAGCAGAGACUGAAGAAAUACCAAAUGAAAUAACAGAAGAAAUGAAAUAAGUAAUUUAGAAAUAAAUUUUAGAUCAUAAAAGUGAUAGAUUCUUUUGACAUUGAAGAGUUAAGAAAACUUGUAAAUGAUGGUAAUAGAUGCCAGUAAAUUUUUAGAAGUAGGUAUCUGUUCAGAUAUAUGUUGA